AUGACUACUGUCGCAGUAGCCGGGGGCACCGGAGGUGUGGGUAAAACUCUCGUCGAGACUCUUGAACAACAAUCAAAAUUCCGUGUCAUUGUGUUGUCGCGCAGUGAAUCAAAAGAAAAUUCUGCGACAGGCACCUCGGGCUUAUAUGUGCAAAUUGAUUACAAUGAUGUCCCUGGGCUUACAAGACAACUUGAGCACCACAAUAUUCACACCAUCAUCUCCGCAAUCGGUCUUACCUCUGAGGAAACCUGCAAUUCUCAAUUGAAUCUCAUAGAAGCUGCAGAAAAAUCUAAAGUAACGGAGCGAUUUAUUCCUAGCGAAUAUUCAUUUAUCCAAACGGCCGAUCUUCUUCCGAUCGAUUCUAGUAUUCAAUUCUGGCUCGAUGCAGCAAAUAAGUUGAAAAACAGCUCGCUCCAGUACACCCGGGUUAUCCCUGGUUUCUUCAUGGACUACUGGGGAAUGCCACAUGUCAAAACCAAUCUUCAGCCAUACAGGUUCGGUAUUGACAUUUCGAGCCGCACAGCUGCCAUUCCUGGAGACGGGAAUGAUGUGAUAUGUAUGACCUACACAUACGACAUGGCUCAGUAUAUGAUCAAAGCCCUUGAUCUUGACGAGUGGCCUGAGUUCAGCAUUGUUGUUGGUGAUCAAAUCACCUACAACCAAAUUUUGGCGAUCGUCGAGACAAUUCUUGGAGAGAAAUUCCAGGUGACCUACGACAGCGUCGACCAGAUCGCAGCGGGAAAUGUCACCAACCCGCCCAUGCCGAGCGAUUUGGGUUACUCACAAGAGGAGAUUACAGACGCCACUGCUCUAGUCAGCCGUCUUACAGUGAACGGGGUCUUUGAAUUGCCUAAGGAGGACCGACUGAAUUCUCUCUUUCCCGACGUCCACGCCCUUACGAUGAGCAAGCUUUUGGAGGAUUCUUGGGGAGGAACCAAGAUUCACCUCAAAUAG